CGAGACGACGUUGUGACGCAAUGAGGAUAAGUGUUUGUUUUAUGUUGUUUUGUGCUGCACUAUCUACAGCAGCAACUGACGAAGGCAUUGAUAAGGCAACUGCCGUUGAUCCGGUGUCGCAGAAUGGAGUAACAAGCCAAGGGCUGGAUAGGCUGCUGGCCAAGUUAGAACAAAUCGAGGAUAAGCUGUUGGACCUUCAGAACGAAUUGCAGGAACAACGAUCCAACCAAGCAAAAAUCAUUGGUGCUCUUCAAAAUCUCGAGCUGCACGUUGGGCACAAUUUAACCGUGCUCCAAGACAGAGCAUUGCAGAUGCUUUCCAAAGAGACGGUCUGUGUCCUGCCGAAGGUUGAGGAACCUUCCUUUCCAUCGUGCCAGCAAGUGCCAUCGAAUGUUUCGGGAACAUAUCUAAUUCGCAUAAACAAUGGAAGUGAAACAAUCAAGGUGUUUUGUGAACAAGAGCAGUUUGAUGGCGGGUGGCUUGUAGUUCAGCAUCGGUUCGAUGGAUCGGUUGAUUUUCAUCGGAAUUGGACCGAAUAUCGGGACGGGUUCGGGGAUGUAGAGAAAGAAUUCUGGUUCGGGUUGGAGCGCCUAUACCAGCUCACGACGACACGUCCAUAUGAAUUGCUGGUUGAAAUGAAGGACUUUAGUGGUAACUACGGGUAUGCUCGUUACGACGAAUUCGAGAUCGCGAGUGAAAGUGAGCAGUACAACCUGAAAACUCUUGGAGCGUAUAGUGGAACUGCAGGUGACUCCAUGGCGUACAACAGACGGAUGAAGUUCUCCACGAAGGAUCGAGAUAACGAUGCCGUCGAUGAGCAUUGUGCUGAGCAGAAUGAGGGCGCUUGGUGGCACAUGAAUUGUUACGAUGCGAGCUUGAAUGGACCGUACGGGAACGUUGACGAUGCCAAAUCAAUAUUUUGGUAUCUUUUUGAACGCAAUUAUCAAGGAUUGAGCUUCACCAGAAUGAUGAUUCGUCAGCUGAAAUAAAAGAAGGAACCAUAAGCGAAUCGGGUGAAUUAAAAUAUGAGAUGGAUAAGCAAUUAUGGAAAAUAAAGUACUUUAAAACCAUUAUUAUACACGGUCAAUAAAUGAGA